CUAACAUUUCAUGUAGUAGUAUUUAUCAGGCAAGUGGGGGUUGGUUUGUGUUUUUUUGUUAUAUUUGUAUGUUGUUCUGUGCUGGGUCCUUAAUUUGUGGCUGAGAAUUAAUUAUUAUUAUCAAUUAUGGGUCUCUCAAAUUUCCCAAGUGCAUCUGAAGGGGUGCUACCUGUGCUUGUGAUAAACACGGUUCUCUCAGUGGCAGUGUUGAAGAACAUGUUUAGAUCCAUGCUCCAAGUAGUACUUGGUGGCAGUGCUGCUGCUAAUGGUUCAAACAUUGAACAUGAUGAAAGUUCAUCAUCAUCAUGGGAAAGGAGGGUGUCAAUAACUCAGUACAAGUCAUUGUGCCACAGCCACGACAUAGGAGGAACAAGUAUGGCUAUGGUGGAGUGCUGCGUUUGUUUGUGUCGUUUUGAAGCCAAUCAAGAGGUCAGUGAGUUGCCUUGCAAGCAUUACUUCCACAGAGGUUGCUUGGACAAAUGGUUUGAUAACAAACACACCACUUGUCCCUUGUGCCGUUCCAUCGACUAGACAUGCAGACAUAUACAUACAAAGGUUGAUUAAUUACCAUUAGAGAUAUAGCUAGCUAGUUAAUUAGUUGUUGCUAUAUACUGUUAACUGGUUAUAGUGAAAAGAAUCAAUGCCUCUUUUCAUUUCUUUACUUUAGAUUUGUAAAACUCCUUCAACCAACUCAGUUUCUCUUUGUUUUAGUUUUUAUGGAACGUAAUGAGAGAUGACGUUGCCUUAACUAAUUGCUUGA